UUGAAUUUCGACACACCAGACCACACCACGCCACCCGCUUGAAGACUGACACUCACACACGACUCACAGACACUCCGAGACGACACCCGACCGCGCGACGACGACCCUCCCGUUGACUAGUAGUUUUAUAGCUGUGUAGUGUUGUUAGUAGUCCUCGUCUAGUUUUCUGUGCCCGUGCGUACUAAUAAAUCAUAUUAGAGAACAACAGCACCAUCCGAGUCUCGGUUCGCGGACGUUACGAGUGGCCAGUCUGGUCGACGCGAGUGCGAGUGUGACGCCGGAGUCCCGUCUCCAAUAUCUGUGUGCUAGAUCGAGCCCGUAGAUUAACGAUUUCAUCCAGGACGGUUCUCUGCAGCGCUUCCCGAUCUUGCUCGGCCUGCCACGAUCGAUUCCAGCGCUUGGCACCGAUCCAAAUUCGAAUUUUGUGCAACAUCUGCGAGAGGUUCUUCUGUGCUGUAGAUCUGCAGCUUCUUUCCUUGGAUCGGAUUCACCACUGCUCGAGUUCUACCACCGCGCAUCGAUACUGCUGCACUGGUAUUGGUACUCACACACAACCGCACCGAGUCACCGUCACCUUCUUGGUCUUGGAUUGGCUAGAAAAUCGCAAGGUUUAAUUAGCAAUUACCCGAUGUGGUCCAGUAGCUAAUCCCCGCGAGUCGGCCGCCGUAACCCAGCUAUUACGGCUUCGAGCUUCAGUUGGUCGUGCGACCCGCCUCCGCGCAGAUCCACCUUGCAGGUGUGCCCUUGAACGGUCGAAAAAACAGCAACACCUUCGAAAUCGUCGAAUCCACGGAUUACGCACGUGCACGUUGCAGUUCAGAACUUCGCGACGACGUCCUCCGUGACAAUCUCCAGCCCGACGACGCGUGUAUAAGUGAGCACUGACGACUGUGAACCGAAAGAAAGCAAAAAUAUCGAAAAAAUAACGAAGUUCCGGACGCGGUCAUUGAAGAAGAGUUGAAAAUUCGCGAAGUAAACAGCUUGCGUCGUGGUGUGUGUGUGAGACGCGCAAUUUGGCCAAUAUUUUAGCGCGCCGGUCAUCAUUACGCGGCGAGGGGCCACUAGUACAAGGUACUAGCGAAAGGGUAGAUCGAGCAGAUUGAAGCUUUUUGGGAGUACACAACAGAGAAGAGCACAGCAAGAUGAUGUCUUCGGAUCUGAACGAUGAAAUGAAGCACUGCUACGAGAACCUGAUCGUGGUCGACGUCGGCGCCAAUCUGACCAACAAAAAGUACAUCCGCGACCUGGACUCGGUGAUUCAGCGCGCCAAAGAUUCGGGCGUCCAAAAGAUCAUGGUCCCGGGCACGUCGGUCAAGUCGAGCAAGGAGGCCCUGCGGUUGACGCGAAUCUACCCCGGAAUCAUCUACUCGACGGCCGGCAUCCACCCGCACGACUCCAAGUCCAUCAUCGAGGAGCCCAGCACGUGGCACGAGUUCGAGGUGAUUGCGAGUGCGCCCGAGUGUGUGGCCAUCGGGCCGUGCGGACUCGACUACCAGCGGGACUUUAGCGAACCCUGCACCCAGAAGGACAUCUUCGAGCGGCAACUCAAGCUGGCCUGCCAACUGCAGAAGCCCAUCCUCAUCCACGAGCGGUCUGCCCAGGAGGACGUGUUGGAAAUACUUUCGAAAUUUCAACCUACCCCGCAGAUCAUCAUCCGAGGCUUCAUGGGCACGACGGAAGAGGCUCUCAAGUACCUGCAGCGAGACUACUACCUCUCACUCACGGGAUAUCUGUGCAAGGACAAAUCCGACACCGGCGUGCGCAAGCUGCUCGAGGACGGCCGCCUCCCGCUCGAGCGCCUGCUGGUGGAGACCGAUUCGCCCUUCAUGUACCCGAACACGCGCGCCUCCAAGCUGCCGCAGCACGUCAAGACCGGGCUGACGGAGCGCUCGCUGCUGUACCUGCACCGCUACUGCACCUUCCAGCGGAACGAACCGUGCAGUCUGCCGGCGAUCGUCGAGAUGAUUGCGGCGUUCAUGAACAAAAAGCCCGAGGACGUGGGGCUGGCGACGGCCUUCAACGGGCUGAAACUAUUUGGGCUGUCCCAGUAGGAGGAGGAGGAGGAGGUGACGACAACGACGACGCGAUGAGCCAAACGAAAACAAAAAAUGAAUGAAUUCAAACGACUUUUACAAUUUCAGUGGAAAACGAUUUCACUCUUCUUUUUUUCUUACGUUGAUCGACGAAUGAUAGCGCUGCUAUCAUGGAUUUUAAACGACUUUUUAUUAUAUUAUUCCUUACCUAUGAUUGUUAAUCUGAACCUAGUUAGAUCUUGCCCGAUGUUAGUUUAGUAAUUCGAAGAUGAAACGUAUAACCUUGUUGCUCCUAUUAGUUUGAGAAGGCUGCUCAAAGAGCUACCCUGUCUAUUUUACAGUGUUAAACCGUAUCCUGUGUCAACCCUGUGUUUUGUUCUUACACACAUCACUCUAGACUUACGACAGUAUAAUAUAGUAGUUUUUACUAACUCUAAGCAUGAACAAACGAAUUGUGUUAAACUGAAUUUAUGUUCUAUGGAAGCGAAAGACUGAAGUUACUAAACACACACGAAAUCAAAACAAGAGAGUUGUAGGAAAGAGGAGGAGGUGAAACAUCAACCAAAUCAGAUCUCGCGCGAGAUUUGAACGUUACACAAACUGUACCCUCGUGUGGAGCUAAGCUCACCUUCGGAGAAACGACCCUACAAUCAGGGAAUCCAACCAAUCUCAUUUACUACACACAU